CCAUCUGCCUCGCUGAUGAUCUGUUGGCUGCCAUGUCAGUCUUUACUGAUUGCUAGCAGCAGCAGCAUCACUGUUGGCGUGAGUCCGUGUGUCCCUUCUCAAGUGAAAAUGAAGUACUUUCAAACAGUCGCUAUUGUGGCAUUGUGCCUCAAUGUGGCUUGGGCAGAAGUAGUGAACUUUAAGAAAUGUCCCGGUGAAGAGAAAUGUACAAUCCAUGAGGUUUCGAUCACGCCCUGCCCGGAAGCGGCGGAAGGAGUUGCCUGCACCGUGUACCGUGGAACGAACGUUAGCAUAUCAUUCGAUUUUACCCCCGAGUUUGCCGCAAACGAGCUGACUGCCGAUGUGUCCUGGACUCAGCCCAACUUUGAUCUGCCCUUCGUUGGCAUGGACACGGCAGCCUGCAAGUCUACCAAGUGUCCCACGGUGUCCGGCACUCGGCAAACGUACGCCUACGAUUUGCCCAUCAAGAAGUCUUACCCUCCGAAACACUACGACGUGAAGUGGAAGCUGACCGGCGAGAACAGCGAAUCCUGCUGCUUCAUCGUGCAGAUCAACAUCACCAAGAAGAGCAAGCGCACUUAGGUCGUACCAUUUUGGAAAGGCUACUAAAACAACGCUGGUGGGACGACCGUGUACAACUCCCCCCCAAAAAAAAAUACAUUCAAUUAUGUCCGAUCAAUGCUUUAUUAGCCAUUAAAGUGUCCACACACGCGCGCGCUUUGGCGAGAGUACAAUAGAUGCGAUGUAAUUACUUCCAAACCAUGUGUAAUAAACGAUGGAGUUCGCGCAACGGCGGUCAAUAAAAUGGGCCACACAUCAACCUAA